AUGGCGCUUAAAGGUGUAGGACCAGGCAGGGUUUUCUGGUUUCCAUCUGAGGGAAAAAUGGCGAAGUGGUUCAAAGAGUUCCCCAUGACUCUGAAGAACGGUACCGACAAGAUCCGCUCAGUCUCUGAGUCAGGUUCCCAACCGAAAGCAAAUAAAGCCGGGCUGGUGACCAGCAUUGGGACCAAAACGGGCCAUCGCAAGAACUCCUCUGCAGACAGCACAGCAGGAGGUGGAGGCGGAGGUGUUGGCUCCCUGCUGUCCGGAAGGAACCGAAAGAACUCCGGCGCAGAGGUAAGCAGAAACGGCGUUGGCUCCCAGAAAGAUGGGAAAGUUUGGGACACCUUGCUGUCUGGGAAAAGCCGCAAAAACUCCAAAGCAGAGGCGGUGUUGGAGGAGCAGCACAGGCCCCCGAAGACCUCCCCACCCGCCUGCGCCUACAUCAGCCGGAUGAUAAGAGUGGACAAAAGCCCCAACUUCACCAGCAGCGGUACCGUCAGUAGCCCAGUGGGUCCUGAAGCGGAGAAACCUGUAGCCCAGUGCAAAACGGAAACUCUGAUCAUUCUCGAGGAUUACGCGGACCCCUUUGAUGCUCAGAAGACCAGAGAGCAGAGGGAUGCAGAGAGGGUCGGGGAGAACGACGGCUACAUGGAGCCGUACGACGCACAACAAAUGAUAACCGAGAUCAGACGUCGGGGAUCUAAAGACCUGCUGAAGGUGUGCGUGUCGACGGACGGGAGCGAGGGAGCUGCGGAGAAAGGUCAGCCGGUUGCCAUCUAUGACGAUCCAUAUGAGGGACGUGGUGGUGACAGUGAGAGGACGAUGGUGGCGAAGCCAGAGCUGGACCAGCGCCCCGCCACUGAGUACGAGCUGCCCUGGGAGUGGAGGAAGGAGCACAUUGUCAGGACUCUUUCAGCACAAUUUGACAACCCAGUCAAAGAAGAGAUGUGUUAUCAUACGCUCACCAGGCGGGCCCAGCUGCCGCAUCAGCAUCUGAGGCAGAAAAGCAGAAGCCAAAAGAUCCUAAGAUCCUCUCACCCGACUCUGCUGCCAUCUUCUGUUCCCUGCAGCAGCCCUGAUGGUGAAGCCUGCUGUGUGGACCCCUCACUGCCCCUGGAAAAACAGAGCUGGUACCAUGGUUGUGUGACCCGGCAGGAGGUGGAGUUCCACCUGCAGUCCUCCAAAGAGGCCAGCUUCCUGGUCAGGAACAGCGAGUCAGACAACAGCAAGUACUCCAUCGCCCUCAAGACGAGUCAAGGCUGUGUUCACAUCAUUGUGGCCCAGACCAAAGAGAACAGCUACACCCUGGACCAGAGCAGCUGCGUGUUCACCAGCAUCCCGGAGUUGGUGCACCAUUACUGCACCAGACGCCUGCCUUUCAAUGGGGCAGAGCACAUGACGCUGCUCCACCCAGUGCAUCGCAUCCACUGACUUUGACCUUAAAACCUCGUAGGAAGAUAUUUCUUUUGUCUGUACAUCCAUCUCUGUUGUGUUAUAUUUAUUGAUUUGAUGUUUCAAAUGUCUUCAGAGCCUUCAUUUGGCUGUUUUUCUAUCCAUUUAUUUUACUUUGAUUUGCAGCUGAUGCAAAACAUCAAAGCUGCUAAUUUGCAUGUGAACAAGCUCAGCAGAAAUGACAAGGCACUUUUUUCUGAUUUAAAUGUGACCUGAGUUCAGAAAGGACUAGCAGAUGUGUUAUUAGCUAUGCCUCUCAUAGCUGCCGCUGGUAAUUUAUUGUUGCCAAGUUAAAUUUCCUGAUAUUGGAAACAUUUGAGUUUAAUACUCUCUUCUACCCUCUGGUGGACAAGGUGAUGGAUUCCCCCUGAUUUAGCAAAACAAAGACUUCUUAUAUUUGUUCCAUGCAUAAAAGCAUAUCUAAAGAUAUUAAAACAGCUGGUUUUGGAUUAAUUAGAUUUUCUGCACCAACGGUGCUGUGAGGAUUUCCGUUUUACUGUGAAUGAGGGAGCAUUUUCAAUUGCAUUGUGUGCACUGUGAAGAGAGAAUGAUUCACCUCCAAGCAAUGUGCUAGACAGCGUAGCAACUCUGCAGUAAUUAUACUGUUUACUGACAAGAACUGAGGAUGUCAGGCUAAACAAGUCUAUUUAGUUUAGAGAACAUUACAGUGAUUCCCAACCUGUGGGGAAUCACCAGAUUAUCCAGAGUCCUGGCUUCUUUCUUAUGUGCGCUUCUCUUUAGCUCGCCCCACAGGUUUCUGGAGGAUUUAGAUCUAGGUUCUGAGCUGGCCAUGGGACAAGGCAGAUUUUGGAUCUGGUAAAUCAUUUCUAGGUUGGUUGGGUUUUACUAGUAGAGCCGACCAGGUUUGUAUAUAAAAUGUAGUGGUAUUUCAAAGAUUUCCUAAAGUUAUGUACUAUAACAAAAGGUUCUAAGGGCCUUUGAAAGAGAAUCUGGUUCACAGCAUCACAGAACCUCUACUGUGCUUAAGAGUGGGCAUAAGGCAGGCGCUUGUUCCAUUGUUCAAUCUUUACACAUGACCCACCUGUAGUAUUCAUUGCAGGAAAGCUCAGUUUUAUUCCCACAGUUCAUGAUGACUUGCACUCUAACAAAGUUUCCAAGGUCUUUGGUGAAGAAACAGACCCACAGCAUCACAUAUCCUCCACCGUAAUUAACAGUCAGCAUUGUGUGCUCACUGCAUAUUCUUCCUACUGAAGUAUUUGUUGCCAGAAACUCAUAUUUUUAAUCUCAUCUGGCAAAAGCAAGCGGUUCAGGUCAAGUGGUGUUUAAAAAAAGAACAUGUUUACAUUUGUGGUAAGAAAUAUUGUUUUUCGUGGCGUGGCUCCUAAAAAAACAGCUGGCAUGUACAGAGGUUGGACAAUGAAACUGAAACACCUGUUAUUUUAGUGUGGGAGGUUUCACGGCUAAAUUGG